AACGAACCGGCACGGAUUUCACUCCUUACUUUUCUCCACUCCAGUCUCUCUCUUUUCUGCGUUUCCUCUUCUCUCUGUGGCGUAGAGUUAUAGAGAGGAAUUUAGGUCUUCUUCUUUGGUUUUUCCUUUGCUCUUCAUUCUCAUACUCUCUCGACAGUGAAAUCAGGUUCUUGUUUUUUUUCGUAGACCUACAUUUUUCGAAUUUCGUUUUUUUCUUCGUGCCGAAAUGUCGAUAUCUCUCUUUGUCUUUGCCGUACCAUUUUCUGUAGUUGGGGAUUUUAGCUGCAUUUUUUAUUUUCCUUAGGUUCUGGGUUAUAUUUCUCUGUUUGUUAGUGUCUUCUCUUGUUGUCUGAAGAGUAACGAGGUCGAAUCUGUUCUUCUGCAUGUUAGGGUUUUUGUUGGCGUUGUGUCUCAACCUGUGGUGUAAUGAGAUAAUCAGAGACCCUUUUGUGAAAAAGUUUCGCUUUUGUCUUCUUUCCGUCUAUAUGUUUGGUGUGUGUUUCUCGACUUAAAAAAUCCAUGCUUUCUGGUAAAGUGAUGGUCUUUGUCAUUGGGUUGCUUUGCUUCUGUUGAUAGUUUCUUCUGGUGUUGUUUUGUUUUUGUUUUCUGAUAGUGAUGUGAAUUGCAAAGUUCUGUUUUUUUUCCCUGUUGAUCGUUUAAAUUUUAGCUAUUAUUGGUUUCGACAUGUUGUUCUUCCAGGAAUUUGGUAUGGCUGCUACUGCUUCUGCAAUUCGUUACGCUCCUGAGGAUCCGAAUCUCCCUAAGCCAUGGAAAGGUCUUGUGGAUAGUAGAACUGGGUACCUCUACUUUUGGAAUCCAGAAACCAAUGUUACUCAGUACGAGAGACCGGCUUCUUCCGCUCCUCCCAAGCUUGCUGCUAUUCCCGUAAGCUCUUCGGUUCAGACUAAUCAGCAAUCUUCUUCUGGAUUUAACUCUGGCAAGGAAGAUGAUAAGUAUGGUAGGGGCAGUGAUGGGCCUAAGUCUGACUCUGGAUCAAGGUUUAAUGAGGCUGGAAGAACUGGACCUAUAUCUUCUAAUGAUGCUGCUAGUGGACUAGGGAAUGCUUCAUCUGGUGGCUCAUCUGCCAGAGGGCCUCCUUCUUCAGCCGCAGGAAAUGAAUUGUCCCCAGAGGCCUAUUGCCGCAAACAUGAAAUUACUGUCAGUGGAGGCCAAGUACCACCACCUCUAAUGUCUUUUGAAGCCACUGGUCUUCCCAAUGAGCUUCUGCGGGAGGUAUGAAAUCAUCAGGCUCCUAUACCAUCACUCUUUUUUUUUGUUGGGGGAGUAAACAUGUCUUUUUUCACAUUGCUCUGAUAUUUAGCUAGACUAUUUUAAUUUAUUUUUUAUCUGUUGGAUUCAGUGAUUUAUGAGGGAGCUAUUUUGUCUAAUGUCACAUAAUUAUUAUGUCUGCAAGCUUUAGCUGUUAUUGUUGGGAGGUAGUGAGACUUUAUAUAUUAUAUAUAUUUGUAUAGUCCUCUGCUAGUGAGCUGGACUAUUUUGAGUAUUUUUUUUUUGUUGAAUUUAGUGAUUUAUGGAGAUUUAUCAUAUAUGCCAGCCAUACUUGUCUUUUGAGUGUUUUAUUAAUUGAGAUUUUGCAAAUACUGGAGGGUUUGCGUUUAGUAGUGUCCCAAUUUUAUGCCAUAUGCGCUCUCUUUUGUCCCAGGUGCGAUAUUUGCUCUUGGAGGAGCUAAUGUCGUACGCUGUGCCACUUCUUUGGGGUUCUUGCAAAUUAUUUGGAGUGCCCUUUUUGGUGGACCAAAUUUUUUGGUAUACAGUGCAGGAUUCUCAGCUCCAUCUCCAAUUCAAGCUCAGUCAUGGCCAAUUGCGAUGCAAAACAGAGACAUAGUAGCCAUUGCUAAAACAGGCUCGGGAAAAACUUUGGGUUACUUGAUUCCUGGUUUCAUGCAUCUCCAACGGAUCCACAAUGAUUCACGAAUGGGCCCAACGAUCUUGGUCUUGUCCCCUACUAGGGAGUUGGCCACACAAAUCCAAGUUGAAGCUCUGAAAUUUGGCAAGUCAUCUAAAAUUUCGUGUGCGUGUUUGUAUGGUGGAGCACCCAAGGGUCCUCAGCUGAAGGAAAUAGAAAGAGGUGUAGAUAUUGUUGUUGCAACUCCCGGGCGACUGAAUGAUAUCCUUGAAAUGAAGAGAAUCAGUCUGCAUCAAGUAUCUUACCUUGUGCUGGACGAGGCAGAUAGAAUGCUGGACAUGGGGUUCGAACCUCAGAUCAGAAAAAUUGUGAAUGAGGUUCCCACUAAGCGUCAAACCCUCAUGUACACUGCAACAUGGCCAAAGGAGGUGAGGAAAAUCGCAGCUGAUCUUCUUGUUAACCCUGCCCAGGUCAAUAUUGGUAAUGUUGAUGAGCUUGUGGCGAACAAGUCCAUUACUCAGACUAUUGAAGUCUUAGCACCGAUGGAGAAACAUAGUAGGUUAGAGCAGAUAUUGCGCUCUCAGGAACCGGGUUCCAAGAUUAUAAUUUUCUGUUCAACCAAAAGGAUGUGUGAUCAACUGGCAAGGAACCUGACCCGUACGUUUGGAGCUGCUGCUAUACAUGGAGACAAGUCGCAGGCUGAGAGAGACGACGUACUGAAUCAAUUUAGAAGUGGUAGGACUCCUGUUCUUGUUGCAACUGAUGUAGCUGCUCGUGGACUUGACGUUAAGGACAUAAGGGUGGUGGUCAACUAUGAUUUUCCAAAUGGAGUAGAGGAUUAUGUCCAUAGAAUUGGAAGAACUGGAAGAGCUGGAGCAACCGGUCUAGCUUACACCUUCUUUGGAGACCAAGAUGCAAAACAUGCUUCAGAUCUGAUCAAGAUCUUGGAAGGAGCAAACCAGAAAGUUCCUCCACAGGUCCGCGAAAUGGCUACACGUGGUGGUGGUGGAAUGAACAAAUUUCGUCGCUGGGGUACACCUUCCAGUGGUGGUGGUGGCGGCCGUGGUGGCUAUGGUGAUUCUGGUUAUGGUGGUCGUGGUGAGUCUGGCUAUGGUAGUCGUGGUGAUUCUGGUUAUGGUGGUCGUGGUGAUUCUGGUGGUAGAGGAAGCUGGGCUCCUUCACGUGACAGUGGCAGCUCAGGAUGGGGAAGAGAGAGAAGCCGUAGUCCUGAGAGAUUCAGAGGAGGUCCACCGUCCACUUCAUCUCCGCCUCGCAGCUUUCAUGAGGCGAUGAUGAUGAAAAAUAGAUAAGUCAUUGGAAUCUAAACCAGAUUGGGGCAAUAUACAUAUAGAAGAGCCUCUUUCUCUUGGGGUAAAUUAUUCAUUUUGUGGUGUGUGGACCGAAGCUGCUAGUACUUUUUAAAAUCAUACACACCUGAAGGAUACUCUAAUGUUUUGGUCUACGAGAAACCUUUUUCUGUUUAUAUUAUGGAAAAUAAAGACUCGUUUAUGGGUUCUUUCUGUGUUGGUGUUUAAGUAGUGGAUGUUUCUCAGCUGAUAAAUGUUUUAGACCUCUAAAUAGGAAUGACUUUUUGAUAUUUUGAAGUAAACAAGUUUGUUUCGUUAUUAAGAACUGCAAUAUCAGUAUAUCAAAAAAAAAGUACUGC